CAAACCAAUUCAUUCAUUAAUUCAUUCAUUUUCACAUCUUUUCCUUUUUUUUUUUAAUUUGCUUUAACAUAUUGGCAAACAUAAUCGGUCCACACUUUAUAUAAAUACAUAAUUAAACCCACCUUUUUAUUAAAACAUACUACAAAUUACAAAACUUCCCAUACACUUCUUAGUUCUUAGUACCACAAACAAUUUUUGAAAAUCAUCACAUUUGUCAUUUUAUCGACGACGACGAAAAAACCCCCAGAAAGGAAUAGAAAAAGAGUUUUAUAUUGGUCGAAUUGAAGUAUGGACGGUGCUGAUAUUGCAAAGUUUGGAGGGAGUUUACGGCGGAAUAGUUCGGUAUGGCGGAGCCAACGGCCGGAGUCGGUGUUUUCGCAGUCGACAAGGGAGGAAGACGAUGAAGAAGCUUUAAAGUGGGCUGCUCUUGAGAAACUUCCUACUUAUGAUCGUUUAAGGAAAGGUAUAUUGACGGCGUCUCAUGGUAUUGGGAAUGAGAUUGAUGUUCAUGCUCUUGGAUUUCAAGAUAAGAAGAGUCUUGUUCAAAGGUUGAUCAAUGUUACUGAGGAAGAUAAUGAGAAGUUCUUGUUAAAACUCAAGAAUAGAAUUGAAAGGGUUGGGAUUGAUAUUCCGACAAUUGAAGUGAGAUUUGAGAAUUUGAAUCUAGAAGCGGAAGUAUAUGUAGGAAGUAGAGCUCUACCUUCAUUUGUUAAUUUUUUGACCAAUAUUGUAGAGGGUGCCUUGAACGUCUUACAUGUACUUCCUAACCGAAAGAAGAACUUAACUAUUCUUCAUGAUGUUAGUGGUAUGAUUAAGCCUAACAGGAUGACUUUGCUUUUGGGUCCUCCAAGUUCCGGGAAAACAUCUCUGCUUCUUGCUUUGUCAGGAAAGCUUGACAAAGAGCUUAAGGUAUCUGGUAGAGUAACAUACAAUGGACAUGAUAUGAAUGAGUUUGUACCACAAAGAACAGCAGCUUACAUUAGCCAACAUGAUGUACACAUUGGUGAAAUGACAGUGAGGGAAACCUUUGCUUAUGCUGCUAGAUUCCAGGGUGUUGGAUAUCGUUAUGAAAUGUUAGCUGAGUUAUCUAGGAGGGAGAAAGAAGCUAACAUUAAGCCUGAUCGCGACAUUGAUCUUUUUAUGAAGGCUUCAGCAGUUGAAGGCGAAGAAGAAAAUGUCGUUACAGAUUAUAUCCUAAAGAUUUUAGGACUAGAAAACUGCGCCGAUACCAUGGUAGGAGAUGAAAUGAUCAGAGGUAUUUCAGGAGGGCAAAGAAAACGAGUUACAACCGGUGAGAUGUUGGUUGGUCCAGCAAAGGCGUUGUUUAUGGAUGAAAUAUCAACUGGUUUAGACAGUUCAACUACAUUCCAAAUUGUGAACUCAAUCCGACAAUCAGUUCAUAUUCUUAAUGGAACUGCUGUCAUAUCUCUCCUACAACCUGCACCUGAAACAUACAACCUUUUUGAUGACAUCCUUCUUCUUUCGGAUGGUCUUAUAGUGUACCAAGGUCCUCGAGAACAUGUUCUCGAGUUCUUUGAGUCUAUGGGGUUCAAGUGUCCUGACAGGAAAGGUGUUGCAGAUUUCUUGCAGGAAGUGACAUCAAAGAAAGAUCAACAACAAUACUGGGUGAGAAGUAACGAGCCUUACCAUUUCAUCCCAUCAAAGGCAUUCGCGGAGGCAUUUAAGUCUUUUCAUGUAGGAAGGAAGAUAGCUCAAGAACUCGGUAUCCCAUUCGACAAGACUAAAAACCACCCAGCUGCUUUAACAACAAACAAGUAUGGUGUUGGUGCAAAAGAGUUUUUCAAAGCUUGUAUGUCUAGAGAAUACUUGUUGAUGAAGAGGAAUUCCUUUGUCUACAUCUUUAAGCUCUUUCAGCUUACCAUAAUGGCCAUCAUAGCAAUGACUGUGUUCUUCCGUACCGAGAUGCCUAAAAGUGGCACCACAGACGGUAGCAUCUUCACCGGUGCACUGUUUUUCUCGGUGGUGAUGAUCAUGUUUAAUGGUAUGGCAGAAAUGUCAAUGACAAUAGCUAAACUACCGGUGUUCUAUAAGCAAAGAGACCUCCUGUUCUUUCCAGCAUGGGCAUAUGCUCUUCCUGGUUGGGUCCUUAAAAUCCCAAUAACCUUAUUUGAAUGUGCUGUUUGGACCUUCAUCACAUAUUAUGUCAUUGGAUUUGACCCUAAUGUUGGAAGGUUGUUUAAGCAUUACCUUAUAUUGGUACUCGUAAAUCAAAUGGCUGGAGCACUAUUUAGAGCUAUUGGAGCACUAGGAAGAAAUAUGAUUGUUGCGAAUACAUUUGGAUCCUUUGCAUUGCUCACACUCUUUGCCUUGGGUGGAUUCGUUCUCUCACGAGAUGAUGUCAAGCCAUGGUGGCUUUGGGGUUACUGGUCUUCACCUUUGAUGUAUGCUCAGAAUGCUAUACUUGUCAACGAGUUCCUUGGACAUAGUUGGAAUACUAUUCUUCCAGGAAACAAUGUAACACUCGGAGUACAAGCCAUGACAAGUCGAGGCUUUUUCCCUUACUCGUAUUGGUAUUGGAUCGGUGCAGGGGCAUUAGCCGGAUUUGUCAUCAUUUUCAAUUUCCUCUACACAUUUUCCCUCACAUUCCUCAAUCCAUUUGGAAAAGCUCAAGCAGUUCCAGAUGAAGAUGAUGAAAAGAACAACAAAAGAGGAGGCGCUAUAGAGUUGUCUUCUCAAGGAAACGGACAUGGAAUUGUUGUUGAAGCAGCACAAGUGAAAAGGGGAAUGGUCCUUCCAUUCGAGCAACAUUCCAUCACCUUUGAUGACAUUCGAUAUUCAGUUGACAUGCCACAGGAAAUGAAAGACCAGGGUGUGGUUGAAGAUAAGUUAGAGCUACUUAAAGGAGUAAGUGGAGCUUUUAGGCCUGGUGUUCUGACGGCUCUCAUGGGAGUCAGUGGGGCCGGAAAAACCACCCUCAUGGAUGUUCUUGCCGGUAGGAAAACCGGUGGUUACAUUGAAGGAGAUAUUAAGAUUUCAGGUUACCCAAAAAAGCAAGAAACUUUUGCUAGAAUUGCAGGUUACUGUGAACAAAAUGAUAUCCAUUCACCCCAUGUUACUGUCCAUGAAUCUUUGCUAUAUUCCGCCUGGCUUCGUUUGUCUCCUGAUGUUGAUGUUAAGAAAAGAGAGAUGUUUGUGGAAGAAGUGAUGGAGUUGGUUGAGCUAACCACAUUGAGAUCAGCACUUAUAGGGUUACCAGGUGUGAGUGGUUUAUCAACAGAACAAAGAAAGAGACUUACAAUUGCAGUUGAGUUAGUUGCAAAUCCUUCAAUCAUCUUCAUGGAUGAGCCAACUUCAGGGCUUGAUGCUAGAGCUGCUGCUAUUGUAAUGAGGACUGUCAGAAAUACAGUUGAUACAGGAAGAACUGUGGUUUGUACCAUUCAUCAACCUAGCAUUGACAUUUUUGAAGCUUUUGAUGAGUUGUUCUUGAUGAGGAGGGGAGGUGAAGAAAUUUAUGUUGGACCCUUGGGACAUCAUUCUUGUGAUCUAAUCAAGUACUUUGAGAGUGUACAAGGAGUACAUAGGAUCACAGAUGGUUACAAUCCAGCAACAUGGAUGUUGGAAGUCUCAACACCAGCACAAGAGGUAGUACUUGGUGUAGAUUUUACACAAUUUUACAAGAAUUCAGACUUAUACAGGAGAAACAAAUCUCUGAUUCAAGAGUUAGGAGUACCAAGACCUGGUUCACAAGACCUCUAUUUCUCAACCAUAUACUCUCAAUCGUUCUUGUCACAAACUAUGGCUUGUUUGUGGAAACAACGGUUGUCUUACUGGCGUAAUACUCCGUAUACUGCUGUUAGAUACAUCUUCACCGUGGCCAUUGCUCUCGUUUUUGGGACUAUCUUCUGGCAACUUGGAAGUAAAACGAAUAGACAACAAUACCUAAUCAAUGCAAUGGGUUCAAUGUAUGCUUCUGUCCUAUUUCUUGGAGUGCAAAAUGCAUCAUCUGUACAACCAGUAGUUUCAAUAGAAAGAACAGUCUUUUACAGAGAAAAGGCAGCAGGAAUGUACUCAGCUUUGCCUUAUGCUUUUGCUCAGGCUAUGGUUGAGAUACCAUACAUCUUCCUACAAGCAGCAACAUAUGGUAUCAUAGUGUAUGCUAUGAUCGGGUUUGAUUGGACCGCCGCCAAGUUUUUCUGGUACUUGUUCUUCAUGUUCUUCACCCUCCUUUACUUCACAUUCUACGGCAUGAUGUCUGUAGCUAUCACACCUAACCACCACGUCGCUGCCAUCGUUGCUGCUGCGUUUUACGGAAUAUGGAACCUCUUCUCUGGCUUCAUUAUCCCUAAACCUAGAAUUCCUGUGUGGUGGAGAUGGUACUACUACCUUUGUCCCUUGGCUUGGACAUUGUACGGAUUAGUGGCAUCACAAUUCGGAGACUUGCAGGGUAUCGUCUCAGAUAGUCAACCCAACCCGCAAACAGUUCAAGUAUGGAUCGAAAACUACUUUGAUUUCAAGCACGAUUUCUUAGGGGUUGUUGCAGGGAUUAUCGUUGCCUUCACCGUUCUCUUUGCAGCCAUCUUUGCUUUUGCUGUUAAGACCUUCAACUUCCAAAAGCGAUGAUUUUGAGUCAUUUUUGGGCUUAACCCACCUAUAAGUAUACACAAUUUUUGUUCUUGUAUUUAUAGUUUGAGCGGUCUUAAUUUUGUACUAUACGUAGAUUCUUUUGUUUAAUUUUAUUUUUACAUGAAUAAAUGAUCGUAUAUAUGGGAUAGAUAACCAAGCAAUUCAGUAUAUAUGUAACAUGUAUUAUAUGGAAUAGUUAACCAAGCAAUAUAAUUUCGUUCAAUUUUUGAGCAUCAA